AUGGCUGUUGUUUCGCUGUAUUUUCGUAAACGACGCGAAUUGGUGAUGACCUUCGUUGCUUCAGGAGCCUGCCUUGGCGCUGUGGUGCACCCAGUCAUGUUAAACAGCCCUAACUCCAUUUGCAAAUCCAAUGCGGUCAUUCAGGGUAUCAGCGUUGCCCUCAUCAGCGGUUUGCUGCUCAUAGCAUGUUUCCUCAUCAAGCCGAGGUUCCCCCCAUCAAAGGCCUCAACAACAGUUCUUGCAACCGCAAAGAAAUGUGCUCAUUCAUUUGCCCCGUUCGUGUUCGUGCCGCACCAAGAUAGUGACAUAGGAGUAGUUUUCUGCCCAUUCGACAUUGAGCAUUAUCUUCCUGGCAUGACAACUCCCUAUAAUCCAGUGAUUGAACCAUGGCUGAUCUCUCGAAUUCAAAAUCUCAUAGCACAAGAGGUCCACUAUGAAAAUUCUUGGUAUGGACCCAUUAAUACCCUACUUUCGACAUACUUUCCAGUAUACGAGGGCUUUUUAGUAAAGCCACAAGCACGGCUUCGUACUCGAACAGAUUCAACCCAUUCAAGUACUAGCUCGGUUGAUUCAUCUGACCAACCAGUCCAGACGCGUAGUGAUGGCACCUUCCCAGGCUUCAUCGUUGCACGGGGAUUUCCUGAGUUGCAUGAGGACAUCCCUUUCCUCAUUUUAGAAGCCAAAAACCUAGAUGAGGGGCCCGGGGUCACAGCCAUCCAAAAAGACAAGUACAUCCGAUGGGCUGCACAUUAUCAGGAGUUGGUUACUAAGAGGGGUCAUCAAGUCGGCAAUUUUUGGGUCAUCUUAAUGACGAAGACCCACUGCGAGGUUUGGAAUGUAGACGAAAGUGGCAUGUUUGUGAAUGCAAGCGUAUACCAUUCUAUUAUCUCACAAGAUGUCCUUGAUUUGCUCCAUACCAUUAGAACACAAGUAUCUACCUACUAG